AAAUUGCUUAUUUAAAACAGUUCUCAUGAAAAAGAUAUGUCUGCAAUAUGAGGACAAAACACUCAACUUUCCGAAGGCAGUGAUGCAGAGUUCAAGUGUAGAGUUCUUGACAGAAGAAUGUCUUCAUCACACCAGUCAAGUGCUGAGGAGGAUGAUGUGUACAUUGCUGGUUUGGACUGUGAAGAUGAUCCACUGUAUAUUGGAGAACCACUGGCAGUUGGACAAGAAGCGGUGUACUCUCUCCGCUGUGGUGGGAAUGACAGUGGGGUAUUUGCGAACACCUACGACAGCGAUUGUUCGAGUCCUACUGCGUUCAUACUGCCAGACGAUCCCCCGGAUGUUAAACCCGACCUGAUAACACUCACAGAUGAGGAGGAACCAACGGAAGGGACGAUGACUUCAGCUCGUUUGCUCGGUGCUGCAUGCCAUCCUGGCAGCGGGAAAGGUCAGUGUUUAGAAGAAGACCCACUGGCGCAAAACGCGGAAGCUCACCGCCAACAACCUGCCGUGAAUGUCCGCCCUUUUCUGCAGCCGCGCCUUGGACGGGCAGAAAGGCGGCGAACCGCGCGGACAGCUGAAUGCUCGUCCCAUUCAGAUACGGACAGAGAUACUGCUGGCUCUGGUAUUAGCAGCGCGCCGUCCGACGAAGAAAUGGCAAUGUCCAUGCAUGCUUUUCACUUGAUCACAAAGAUGUUCAUCUGCGGGUUUUGUGGCCAAUCUUUCCGGGAAAGGGAGACGCUGAUCAAGCACGCCGCGCGCCACGGUAGUGAGAAAUCCUUGUGCAGCGUGUGCGGGGAGACGUCAAAUGAAAGGCAUACCAGAAGCACUGAUGGCUAUGAUCGCAAUGAUGGAGAACCGUUUAUUUGCGAAGCGUGUGAAAAGCCUUCCAGCGGAGCUGGUUCAUUGGUAAGGGACUCUUUAGUCACAACCGGCGUAGGAAUGUUCCAAUGCGGUUCUUGUGGAAAAUCUUUUUCGCAAAAAGGGAAUCUGGAUGUUCAUGCACGCACUCACACUGAAAAUAAGCGGUUUAGUUGCGGAGUUUGUGGAAAGUCGUUUUCUCGAAAGUCGGCGGUGAAGGCGCAUACGCUUUGUCACGCUGCUGAGAAGCCGUUCAAGUGCAGUAUGUGCGGCAGGACGUUUAGUGAAAAGAAGAAUUUGGCGUGUCACGCGCUGACCCACAAAGCUGACCAACCAGCCGCUUGUGAUGUAUGUGGCAAGUCCUUUUAUCGAAGGAGUCUUCUGAAAUCGCACGUCAUCGUCCAUUCCGGGGAGAAGCCGUUCAGCUGCGACGUGUGCGGCAAGUCGUUUUCUCGCAAGCCGCACCUGCGUGUUCACGCGCGCACCCACACCGAGGAGAGACCGUUCCGCUGCGUAGAGUGCGGCAAGGCGUUCCGGCGAAAGGAUCAUCUCACGGAUCACGCCGUGAUUCACACUGGCGUGAGACCGUUCAGCUGCGGCGUGUGUGGAAAGUCGUUUUGUCGGAAAGGUGACGUGCGUGCCCACGCGUUUACUCACCUCGGAGACAAGAAUAGAUCAGUCGUGGAAUAUGCGGCAAACUUUGCCACGGGAAAGGCAUGAAAGGAAGUGGAAUCUACGAGAGCGAAUUACGUAAAAGCUGUUUCGUGUUGUAAGAACGGUAGUGUAGCGAAGCAUGUUCCGUUGAUCCGUGUGGGAUAUUGUCCAAAUGCCUGUAGCGGCCCGCAGAGUCGGGGUCACCUUGAAGCUUAUAUACUCCGCGCAGCGUUGAUGUACAGAUACAAAGCACUUGCGAUAGGAACGUAUCAUUAUCAAAUCUCCCCAGGUGUGUCCUUACUCAUAGUGAAUACUCCGUCGGUUGGCGAUGUGAGUCGGAAGUCCAAAGAUUCUGCUCGGUCGUGAAGUGUAGGAAACCGUUCAGUUGUGAAGUGCGAGAUGCCGUUCAGUUAUGAACUGUGAUAAACCGUUCAGUUAUGAA